AUGGUAGCCAUGCAAGACGAAUCGAAGCUCGAUCGCUCGGGGGUCAUUGACCUUUACCAAACAUUUCUCCAAGAUCCUGAUCUAUCGACACCUGUAGCUGUUUUCAAGGCGCUUACCGACUUUUGUCGCAACAAUACUGCACCUACUAUGUCCGAGUUUAUGGUCACCUUGGAACGUGCAGCGCAAUCGAUUCGUGACGAGUCAAAGGAAUCAGCUCCCCGCAUGCAAAACCAACAACACAAGGCAACCAUUGCUGCCCUUGCUGGUGUCGAUCUUUUUAUGCGUUUUGUUACCAGACACUCGCACGACUUUUCGCGUUCAUCCGAAAUUCGCAGCUUUGACGAGUUCAAGGAAAAGCUGUUGCAUCGUGCUGGUUUGAUUUUGGAAAAGGCCUUCUCUGCUCGUCUUCGUGCUGCUGAAGUGGGUGCCCAUUUUGUUCAAGAUAAUUCGAUUGUCCUUGUCCAUGCCUAUUCUCGUGUGGUCAUGAGCGUCCUUCAACAUGCCGCCAAUGUUCAGCACAAGCGAUUCAAGGUCUAUGUCACUGAAGGAAGACCCAACAGCGAUGGGUUGCAAGCUGUGGACUAUCUACGUGAAGCGGGUAUCCCAUGUAGAGCUGUAUUGGACUCGGCUGUCGGAUACAUUAUGGAUAAGGUUGAUAUGGUAUUUGUUGGCGCUGAAGGUGUUGUAGAGAAUGGUGGUGUGAUCAACAAGAUCGGCACUUAUCAAAUUGCAUUGGUUGCUAAUGCAUUGAGCAAGCCCGUUUAUGCUGUGGCUGAGAGUUACAAGUUUGUGCGUGUAUAUCCAUUGAACCAAUACGAUCUUCCUUCAGCAUUACCCGAAAUUGUGAGCUUCACUUCUCGACGGAAAUCAUUUAGCAGCACCCAAGCCGAUAGCACAGACCAGCUUGAAGGAUCCAACCCAUUAGUCGAUUAUACACCUCCACAAUAUUUCACAUUGCUACUUACGGAUCUUGGCGUAUUGACACCCAGUGGCGUGAGUGAUGAGUUGAUCAAGCUGUACCUAUAA